CGCCUACAUCAUGUGACUCUGUGAACAGGAAGUAGUUUGGUUGCUUAGAAACUGAGAGUGACUUUCUUAGAGGGGCGACACAAAUGCAAAUCUCAAGAUGGAACAAUACAGUCUCCUGGGGAGGAUUGGCGAAGGAGCUCAUGGGAUUGUGUUCAAGGCAAAACAUAUUGAGACGGGGGAGCCAGUAGCUUUGAAGAAGGUAGCUCUGCGCAAACUGGAAGAAGGGAUACCCAACCAGGCACUUAGAGAGAUCAAAGCACUGCGAGAGAUUGAGGACAAUCCACAUGUUGUCAAGUUGAGGGAUGUCUUCCCUCAUGGUACAGGGUUUGUACUCGUUUUUGAGUACAUGCUCUCUGACCUCUCUGAGGUCAUCAGGAACUCUGACCAGCCACUGACUGAGGCCCAAGUGAAAGGUUACAUGAUGAUGCUUCUUAAAGGUGUCAAGUUUUGCCAUGAAAACUCCAUAAUGCACAGAGACUUGAAGCCAGCAAACCUUCUCAUUAGCUCCACGGGCCUGCUUAAGAUAGCAGACUUUGGCUUGGCCCGGGUUUUCUUCAAUGACAGAGGCCGUCUCUAUAGCCACCAGGUUGCUACCAGGUGGUAUCGAGCUCCUGAGCUACUGUACGGAGCCCGCAAGUACGAUGAGGGAGUGGACUUGUGGGCAGUCGGCUGCAUAUUUGGAGAACUGCUAAAUGGUUCCCCGCUGUUUCCUGGGGAAAAUGAUAUUGAACAACUCUGCUGUGUCCUGCGUACUCUGGGGACACCCAGCCCUAAGACUUGGCCUGAGAUUACAGAACUGCCAGAUUAUAACAAGAUCUCAUUCAAAGAGCAUCGUCCCCUUCCCCCAGAGCGUAUUGUCCCAGACACUUCCCCUGAGGCUCUGCAGCUUCUCAUGCGUUUCUUGGUGUAUCCGUCCAAUCAGAGAAUCCGAGCAGCUGAGGCUCUCCUGCAUCCAUAUUUUUUCAGGGAGCCUCUGCCUGCUCACCAUUCAGAGCUCCCCAUCCCCCAGAAAGAAGGGAGGAGAAGCCGGCAGCAUCAAAGAGAAUUUCUCACAGAGCAACCAAUAACUGAUAGCGUACUGGACCCAGCACUGCUGAGCAGCUACUUGCAUGGACUCUGAUCUCUCUAUUGGAUUCCCUCAUUGUGCAGUAUUUGUAUAUAUUGUAUGUCUUAUAACUAAGGUCCCUUGCUGCAGGCUCAUUUUGUGUGCCAGCUUAGCCUUGGCAGGUUAUAUCUUUAUAUGUUUAUCCAGAACCAUUCUAGAUUUAUUUUUUUGAGAACAUGUUGUAGUAAUUCUGUUGUAUAUAUUAUUUCUCUGCAGAAUGUUUUAUAAAAUAUUUUUUAAAUUUA